UCGUCGUUCAACUCUCGUUGCUCUUCUUCUCGCUUUUCGCGGCAUUGGUAGCUCGAUCGAAUCUCAAAGCGUGGUAGUCUUGAAGUUCUAGGGUUUUUGGUCAGCUUAAUCUUCAACUCUAAUGGCUGAUCUGAAGAUCCUCGGUCGUUUCUGAGGCUCUGGUCAGCUGCAGCUGUGUCACUCUCCAGAAUGGCGGCGUCGUCGUCCUCUCCGCCUUCUCCUCAAGCUUCUCCUGAAGGGAACUCCGGUUCGGAGGAGUUUGCUGAUAUGCUCCGGAGCUUCAUGGAGUCCCUCACGGGGUUUUCCGAGCACCUCCCUUUCACGAUUGAUCGUCAGAGACUCCGUUCUAUUACGGCUCUCUUUGCUCUUGUUGCUUCAAUUAUCUUUGUUUGGAAGCUUUUGAGAGGUCCCACAGAACAUGAAAGAAGACGACGCAGGGCAACCAGGCCUCCGCCUUCUGGUUCUGAUGCCACAUCACAUACGAGCACAUUGGCUCAGUCAAAUGAAGUUUCUACAUCCACUGGGGGUUCAAGCGUGCAAGAUAUAGUUCAUGAUCUCUUCAAGCCAGUAAAUGUGACGCUUGGACAACUAGUAAGGCAAAGGUUUUGUGAAGGGCGGAAGGUCACAUGCCGUUUGCUUGGAGUAAUUCUUGUAGAGACUACCCCAGAAGAACUCCAGAAACAUGCUACCGUGAGGCCCUCUGUGCUGGAAGUGCUGUUGGAACUGGCAGAGUACUGUGAUCUUUAUCUCAUGGAAAGAAUCCUUGAUGAUGAAAGUGGGGAAAGGAUUAUGUCCUCUUUGAAUGAUGCUAAAAUUUUCAAAUCUGGUGGUUUGAUUAGUGAUAAGGUUCUCUUUUGUAGCACUGAGAAUGGGCGGAUAUCUUUUGUUCGGCAAAUAGAGCCUGACUGGCACAUUGAUACAAAUUCUGAAAUUAUCUCUCAAUUGGCCAGGUUCAUCAAGUACCAGUUGCACAUUUCACCAUCGAGAUCUGAACGCAUAGCAUCUAAUGUCUUCAGCUCCAUAAACUUGGAACAAUUUAUUGGAGUUCCAGAUCAGAGCUAAUCUAUCAUGUCAAUUUGCUGAAAAGUUUAUGAUCGCCUGCUGAAUGAUCAAAAAGGCAUCAACAGCCUGAACCUUCAAUUACUCUGGUUACUGAGGUGGUUCUUUUUGGUUAUGGUUCUCAUUUUGAGAUAAUCAGCACAUUGGAUAGCCUUCUUCUUCUCAAUAGUUGCUUCAAGCUACUCCAUGCCAUGUUUCAGAAGGUUCCUUUUAACUCGUUCUUGUAUAGAAAACUUAUCAUGGUGACAAAGUAAAAUCCUUUGGAUAAACUUUGCCAACAAAAUCAUAUUCUGUAGUAAACUUGUUACCUUCCACCUAUAUCAUCACAUUGCAUUCGUUUGCCUUGUUAA